UCACAACCAACACAAGUCUUUUACAUCCUAAGCAAUUACAACUCAAUAUCUAUUUCUCAUCCAGUCCUUUAAUAUAAAAGAAACAAUGGGUUUCCGCAGUAUUAUGAGAAGAACGUCAUUUUCCAGAACCCAAGGAUCUACCAAGGGAUUUGAAGUCCCUAAAGGCUAUCUUGCCGUCUAUGUUGGAGAAACAAUGAGGCGGUUUGUGAUUCCAGUUUCAUACUUAAACCAACCAUUGUUUCAAGAAUUAUUAAAUGAAGCAGAAGAAGAAUUUGGAUAUGAUCAUCCCAUGGGUGGACUCACAAUCCCGUGCAGUGAAGUUGAAUUCCUAAACCUCACUUCUCGUUUGAAUUGAGCGGAAAAUCAUGAUAAUGAAGAUUUAGAUAGAUUAGUGUAGGCUAAUUUGAGUAGAAGGCAUUUUUUUCUAUUAGGAAUUUUUUUCUCAUUUAAUUUGUGCCUUGGAUCAAUCGUUCCUACGGAAACAGAAGAUGUUCCCUGAAUGAGAAUGUUAUGACUUAUGACAACAUAUUAUUGUUAAAUCAUUUUUAACUU